AUGGCUUUUAUUCAUUUGAAUAAGCAAGGCUGGUGUAUCAUUUUGAUAUCGGUCACCGUUUUACUUCUGUACUAUUUAUCCGGACGGCGGAAUGUUGGUCACAUGCAUGGAACCACAAUUAAUCUACGUGAUUUGACAAAAAAGGCAAUUCAUUUGGUGGAGGACGCUGGUUAUUUGAUCCGUUCCCAAUAUCAAGAGGGCAAAAUGAACUCACGUAUCAAGGCUCCGUCGGGAAGCGGACCGAAAAACGAAAUGCUUACAGAUGUGGACCUACUCUCACAUCGACUACUCGUAUCUGGCUUUGUUGAUGCAUUUCCAGAUCUGAAAGUCAUCUCGGAGGAGCAUCCGCCGGUCAGUCCGGACCAACCCUUACCGAGACAACCACACACUUACUCAAAUUCAGAUGCGUUGCUACCGGACAUCAAAUUUUUCGUUCCCACCUCAGAUAUUACUGUUUGGGUUGAUCCCCUCGAUGCAACUCAGGAAUUUUCCGAAGGACUUCUGGACUACGUAACAGUCAUGGUCUGUGUUGCUUUGCACGGUUAUCCGGUGAUUGGUGUGGUGCAUCAACCGUUUCUCAAUCGUACAUAUUGGUCCUGGUCCACCUAUGCAAUGUCUGAGGAUCUGAGACGAGCUAUGCAAAACGGGACCACUGCCUUGGGUAAAGAACGUAUUUCUGUGGAACAAAAGAACGAAAAACCGGAGUCUACGACCACACGCCCCUUGGUGGUCACCCAUUCACGUUCGCACUUGGAUGCGUNNNGAUGCGUCCCAAAUAUCUCAAGUGUUCGGAACACAACCAGUUCAGUUGGUACCAGCUGGUGGAUCUGGUCAGUGAUCGGUGUUCAGUGCACUCAUAACCUCGAACAGUUUGCUUCGCAUUCAACUUUUUAA